AUGGCGGUGGAAGCUAAAAUCCUGGCCGUUGGUGGUUGUGGCCGUCGGAUUGUGCCUCCAGAAAAUUUCUCCUUCCGCCGGUCUCUGAGUCCUGUACAAAGCUAUGUUUGCUUUAAGAAAGACAAUCGGGAACACACACUGCGUCAGUUCACAGCCUUUGCAGUUGUGAAAAGAAGCCCCAAACGCAUCAAGUAUUCUGUACCUCGCUUUACCAAGAAGGACGGGUUGAUGUAUAUUAACGUUGAACCAUCUGGAUCGGACUCUUGGAAAUUGGAUCCCGUGGUUGAGCUUUUGAAGGAGGGAGCUGUUGGAGUCAUUCCCACCGAUACUGUGUACGCGAUGGUUUGUGAUUUAAAGAGCCACUCUGCAAUUGAACGUCUCCGUAGGAUAAAAAAUAUACAGGAUGCAAAGCCCCUUAGUAUCAUAUGCCGCUCGUUCCGGGAUAUAGAUACAUAUACAACUGGAUUUCCCCGUGGAAAUAACCAAGGCAAUACGGAUAUUUUUCGAGCAGUGAAGCAUUGUUUGCCAGGUCCGUACACUUUCAUUUUAACCGCAAGCAAGGAGCUGCCAAGGCAAUGUACGCGAUAUGGAACUACAUCUGCGAAGUAUGUAACAAGAAAAAACAUUGGAGUUAGAAUGCCCGAUGACCCUGUGUGCCAAGCACUUCUGGAGAAGUUGGAUGCCCCUUUGAUCGCCACAAGCGUAAAGUCGUUGAGAGAGGAUGAAUGGAUAUUAGAUCCUGUUCUAAUUGCGGACGCGUAUGGUCCUGAGGGUCUUGAUUUUGUGGUUGAUGCUGGUGUGAGAGUGGCCGAACCGUCCACAGUGGUUGAUAUGACCGGGAGUUCAUUGAGAAUUCUGCGGCAAGGGAAGGGCCCGAAGCAACCCUGGAUGGAGUCAGAUGAAGAAGAGUCUGCUGGAAAUAAGGAUUGA